CUAAUUCAUCUUCCUCCAUUACUGUUUCAAAACUCUCUAACUCCAGGCUUCAACUAGCACACUUCAAGGCAGUACUGCAACAAAACUGACUAAUUCCUAAUCAUAUGAUAGUCAUUGGCAACAUAUUCUUCAAACAGAAAGUGGGCAGUUCCUUCAAAAUAGUUAUUAUUUUGUGUUUAUAUAUUGGCUACACUGUACAGCAGUGCAUCUUGGGAAAUUGUUUGUUUACUUCAUUAGUUAUUUCUGUUUUGUACAAUAUGGCUGAUCCAGAGGUAACCUUAUUACAAAGCGGUAAUGUUGAACCAAUGCCUGACAAUUCCACGAGAAAGAGAAAAAGAAGAGUAGAUAACUGGAAGAAAACCAAGGACAAAAAGAAGAGACACUCCGCUCAAGGAUUCCCAAAUAUUCCAACUUGUGGACAUCGUGAAAGAGCUAACGGAUCCAAGCACUGUUAUGACUGUUCCCGUCUUAAUAUGCAGGACAUAAGACGUUUUCAUCAGGGGUUCUACAAAUCUUGCAAUAAAAUUGACCAAGAUCAAUUUAUACUGAGGUACGCCAAAGGAAAAGUUCCAAAAAGACAUCGGCUUCAAGGUCCUCAUUCUUCUGAAAGAGGUAUGGCUAUUGAAUAUUUCAUACCAUCAUACCGCAAUGAAGGAGGAAGUGAAUUGGUAAAAGUUUGCCAAAAGGCUUUUUUAGAUAUUUUAAAUAUUUCAAAAUUUAGAGUACAAAGAUUGUGCCGUCUUGUGUUUCAAACUGGCGAAUCGCCAAAAGAACUUCGAGGUGGAGACCAUCGUUCUAAAAAGUCUGAGGAAAAACUAUCCAAAGUAAAAACCUUUAUUGAGGCUCUACAACCUGUAGAGUCACAUUAUUGCCGAGGGAAAUCCAGACGGCAGUACCUAGCAAGUCAUUUAAGUAUCUCUAGUCUGUGGAAAUCGUACAACAACACUACUGAAAAUGAGUUUAAAGUCAAGUAUGAGUACUUUAGGAAAAUAUUUGUAGAGAAUUAUAAUGUAGGGUUUGGGUCACCAGCAACAGACCAGUGUUCUCAAUGUCUUAAGCUGAAAGAGAAGAUUCUAUCUGUGGUAGAUUUUGAAGAAAAGGGGAAACUGAAAAUAGAAUUACAAGUUCACAAAAAAAGAGGUAAGAUGUUUUUUGAGCUAUUGCAAUCUGAAGAGGCUGGGACAAUCACGUUUUCAUUUGACUGCCAAAAAAAUCUAAUUUUUCCUAAGUUGACUGAUCAAGCUGCUUAUUUCUUACGACAGUUUUAUGUAUAUAAUUUUACAAUGUGUCUCGGUUCUUCUCUGUCAAAGCAGACAGUUGAAAACACUUUCAUUUAUGCUUGGACUGAAAUGGAAGGUGCGAAAGGUUCAAGCGAAAUAGCUUCUUGUGUUCGCCAUCGAUUAUCAGAAACAGUCUAUCUAGAAAAUGUACAUACAAUUAGAUUGUUUGCAGAUGGUGCUGGAGGACAAAAUAAAAAUACCAUUCUUAUUACAGCUUUACUAAACUGGUUAUUGACUAAAGCACCUCAGCACAUUAAGACAAUUGUAAUUCACUAUCCGGUUCCAGGACAUUCUUACAUCCCACCCGAUAGAGUUUUUGGGGUAAUAGAGAGAAAAGUCAGAAAAGUUGAAAGCAUCACCCAUCCAAACACAUACUUUGACAUUUUUAGAGAAAGUGGAACGGUCAAUAGAUUAGGUUUGGACUUUGAUGUUGAAAACUGGAUGGAAGUAUGCAGAUCAACAGUAAAGAAGCCAGGUCAAUGGCACUUUAAGUUUUCCACUUGUAAACGAUUCAUAUUAACAAGAGGCAAAAAAAGGAAAUGGAUUAGUAAGGGGUGAAGUAGCCUAUAAAAACGAUAUAGGAGCGUCCAGAGGAAUAGCCAAGAAAGGCUGUAGUCUGAGAAACAUAAACCCCCAGAUGAAACCAAAUUCUGUUCAGGUUAAUCCUGCAAAAGUUAAGGAUGUAAAAACACUACUACGAAAACAUUAUGGGGAACAAUGGGAUCAACUGGAGUUUCUUAGGUACUACGCUGAUCUAUUUACUACCAAUGAUGGGGAAAACCAGGAACUUAAUCAAGAUGAUCCUAAUGAACAUGAAGAUCCAAUGGAGGAUGAAGUUUUAAUCUUAGAGGGCAACUUUGCAUUGUAAAAAAUGAAUUUAAAACAACAAAAUGUAUUUAAGUUUAAUUGCAUA